CCCGGAAAUAGAUGAUAACCUGAGGAUGGUGCACGGGUUUAUUGCACAGUUUGUGUUCCCUCCUUCCGCUCUCUCUCUCUCUCUCUCUCUCUCUCUCUCUCUCUCUCUCUCUCUCCCAUCAUCCCUCCCCGGUUGGUACCCUUGCUCUCGCACGCACGAGCAUCCUCCGUCAUGGCGUCUUCCAACCAUGUCACCCCCACCAACUGCAGCUGGUGGCCCAUUUCGGCCAUGGGCGAAGACGGCAAGCUCGCGGAUGGAGAGGAGAGUCACGAGCCGCCAGUGGAACACAAACCCUUCUCUAAAGACCGCCUUGUUUUGUACCACUGGACGCAGUCUUUCAGCUCGCAAAAGGUUCGUCUUGUGAUUAAUGAGAAGGGACUGCUGUGUGAAGAGCGGGAUGUUAGUCUACCUCUGACUGAGCACAAGGAGCCCUGGUUCAUGAGGCUCAACCUUGGAGAGGAGGUGCCUGUGUUCAUACAUGGAGACACCAUCGUCAGUGACUACAACCAAAUCAUCGAAUACUUAGAGACCAACUUUAUGGGUGAUACAAUAGCCCAGCUUAUUCCAGAUGAAGGCACUCCCAUGUAUGCUCGGGUCAAGCAGUAUCAAGAGCUUCUGGAUGGCCUGCCCAUGGACGCCUACACACAUGGCUGCAUACUCCACCCUGAGCUCACCACCGACUCCAUGAUCCCAAAGUACGCCACUGCUGAAAUACGUAGACACUUAGCCAAUGCAGCAUCUGAACUCAUGAAGCUGGACCACGAGGAGCCACAGCUGACAGAGCCAUACCUUUCAAAGCAGAAAAAACUCAUGGCGAAGAUAUUGGACCAUGACAACGUGAACUACCUGAAGAAAAUCCUUGUUGAAUUGGCAAUGGUACUAGACCAGGUAGAGGCAGAACUUGAAAAGAGGAAACUGGAGUAUCAAGGUCAGAAGCAGGAGUUGUGGCUUUGUGGACCUGACUUUACACUUGCUGAUAUAUGUCUUGGAGCCACGUUGCACAGGCUUAAGUUCUUGGGACUUUCAAAUAAGUACUGGGAGGACGGAAGCAGACCCAACCUUCAGUCAUUUUUCGAGCGUGUGCAGAAGCGUUACGCUUUCCGCAAGGUGUUGGGAGACAUCCACACCACCUUACUGUCAGCGGUCCUCCCCAACGCGUUCCGAAUGGUAAAAAAGAAGCCACCGUCCUUCUUUGGGGCUUCCUUCUUAAUGGGUUCUUUAGGUGGGAUGGGCUAUUUUGCCUAUUGGUUUUUAAAAAAGAAAUACAUGUAGUAAAUACUCUAAUACUGUGUACUGUGUCUGUGAAUUUGUGUGAGGCUGCAACUUUUCUGUACCAGAUGUUGUGCAACAGCUAGAAAUAUGAUGCUGUGCAGAGAAAAACCCUAUUAUCUGAGUGAACAGAUUAAAUAAGAACAUUCCAUGACGAGGAAUUCUUCUUAUCAACCCAUUUUCUGGUAAUCGAUGCCUUCAUUUGUUUAUUUUUUUAUAUAUCGAUUUCCCUAUGGUUUACGAAAUGCCUUUAAUUUCAUUUGCUUACAGAUUACAGUCAGUGAAACCAAACGUCACAAUCUAAAUUAAAAGCACUACAAAUUCCUCCCAUGUGGUAUGUGUUGGCAUUACACGCGCACUUAUUAUAGCAUGACCUAUAACGAUACCCGCCUCAAAUGCUCUAGUAGGAGUAUCUCAUGUUCGAGGCAUUCACCUUUUGCCCUUUAAUCUACUUUUCAUUUAUGGCUUUCCAGCUGAACCCCGAUCAUUAUCGAGGCGCUAGUUAAAAUGUUUUAGCUGCAGCCUAAUACUGCCAAACAUAUAAGAAAUGAUUAUUUACUCACUCAAUCUGUAUAGAUUACAGCACAUUCACAAACAGCACAUGGGCAUGUCAAGGUUUUUCUUUGUUUGUAGAACGUACUGUACCUCACCAGCAUUAAGCACCUGAAUAAGUGGACCCUGAUGGCUUACAUUAUACUCAGAUAUCAUUUUUGUUAUUUUAAGAUGAUAAAAAUGGGAAAUUAAGUAAUGCUCGGUGGGCCAGUGAUAUUUCCAUGUAUCAGUUGUAUCUAGAUGGUUAGGAUAAGCAGCUCUAGCGUAUUUUCAACUUGGUUCAUUAUCGAACAGCAUGGGUUAAAUCAGGUGUGCUAGAGCAAGGAACAAUGAAAUAUGCAGUACUGUGACUCUCCAAAGAUCAACAUACUCGAAACGAAAUCAGAAAAUCACUCAUUAUAUUAAAUAAACUCAUAGCACUCGCAUGUCAUCUUAUACCAAGCCGUUAGUUGUUGAUCGUUUUUGUCAGUUAUGUGUUUUCUUUUCUCUAACAUGAUUUGGGUUUGUGUAGAUGACAGAAGAGAAACAAAUUCUAAUAACUGCUUCGUUCCCAACAGGCAGACGAUGAUAACUUAUGUUAAUACUGAACAAAUAAAAACUCUACAUAUCUGCGUUGAUUAUUGACACUAUGCCAAACAGAGACAUGAAAAAUAAAUUAAAUCCUUCUGAAAUGUGUUUUAAACGAGCGCCAAAUUGAUUAUACUAUUCACCAGGGGCACUUUAUCUCCUGGAGAUAAAAAUAAAUGCAAAAAAAAAAAAAUAAAUUGUUUUCUGAAAAAGUGCUUAAAUGGAUUUAGGAGAAAGGUGAGUGUACACCUGACACUGUACACUAUAGAAUAAAAGCCUAGCAAUAUACACCGCCUUACAAAUCAUAAAUGAAUGUGUACGUGUCCAAGCUGACAGAACAAUGAGAGAUUUUAGCGUUUCUGGUGUUG